AUGGAGGCCGACCCUCAGUGCCCGGGGGCGGGCCUGCUGGCGGCUGUAACCGAGUGCGCGGUGCACUGGGGUCCGGGGAAGGGCGGAAGGUGCGGCACGGGCACGCGGCACACGGCAUGCGGCGGUGUCCCUCCUUGGAAGCGCCACAAAGCUUCAUGCCAGGGUCGGGAAGGGCCGCAUGCUCUGCUUGUGCGUUUCAAAGUUGUUCUUGGGCCCCGCGGCCCGGGGGUCAUCGGCGGGCCCAGGCUGUGGUGCGAAGUGAGGCGGGAGCCUUCUUCUUCCAUCAAUUUCGCAUGGAAGGUGUGUGUUUCAGAUGAGUUCAGUGACAUUCCUCCAGAGCUGACGGCAGGUGUUUGUCCACAGCCGCCGGACGCGCCCGGGGCCCUCCUCCGCGAAGCUCCGGCUGACCGGCCAGCGCAGCGGCGCCUCAUGGUGGCCGUGGAGCUGACGUCGCGCCCAGGGCACACUCGGGUGGGGUCACACGCUUUGAAGACCCUGAAGAGCUUUGUGGAAAGCAUGGUGAAUAUACGCGAACAUGCGGUAGUGGAAGGAAAUCUAAAUGGUAAAAAACUGAGUAUGGGAACUGAUGUAGUGUCUAUUAAAAGUUAUUUUCAAAAUCCUAGAAAUCCUCCAGAGUCUGCUCUGGGUAUGCCUCAAGACAGACCGAAGAGCAUGCUCCAAGUGCGGGUUGAUAAUAGGAAGCUUCUGCAGUUUUCCGGGGGACAGCAAAUAAAUCCUGCCACAACAGCCCUAUGCAAUAUUUUGAGCAACACUGUUCUUCUUCAUCCUGUUUUGAUUCAUGAGCGUGUCUCUCUGCAGUAUGUCAUUCCUGCCCCACAAAAAUUCAACCAGCCUGGAUUUUUUUAG